AAUCAAAAAAUAAUGAGAAAAAAGUUUGUGAAAAAUUGCCACCGUAAUCGAAUACGAGCGAGACUGGGCAAAUUGUCUCGAAAAUAUUGUAUGAUUCCCGGUACUUUAUUGUAAAAGCUACGUGGUAAAAGCGUGCUCGAGUGUGUUGUGAUUAAGUGUUGAUCGUUUGCGUAUGACCCGGGACAGUGGAAUGUUUGUACCAAGUUUGUGAAAGUUUCGUAUGCAGCAAAGCAUGCAGACGUGUUGAGUUGUGCACUCGGUCACUCCCAUAUUCCCCAUUGCAGCCCAGUACCCGAAAUUGCAGCCCUGCUUUCGGUUUCGGAUUUCCUAUUCAGCUGGGCCGUUCGCCACGAAACAUCCGUCCAAAAAACAUUUGCGCUACGUAUGGUGCCGAUACGCUUUGGUGGUGCGAACGGUACGGGCAUCCUUCGGUUGGUGGAGUUAAAGGCGAUGUAAUCAAACACUUUCAAGCAACAAUAAUGGUUCCAAACGGUGUGAUACGUUUCCGGUUGCUACCUGCCACUUGCUAAGACGAACGCUCACAUCCGAAAAAGUACCACGAAAUGCAUCGAAUACUGAUGGGAAUUGUGUGAAGGAUAAACCGUUAGCGCAAUACCUGCACAAGUGUUUGGUGGAAAGCUCAGCUAAGACAAGAGGAAAGAGCACAGUUGCAUCCGGUUUUGGAGCUGAUGCAACUUUGAAUCGUUCGGUGCAUUGAAGUAUCGGUGCCAACGAGUGCGAGGACAUAAUCGAACCAAAAAAAAAACGGAGCAAACUAUGCAAACUGUGGCCGGCAGCGUAGGAAAAACGAGCAAUACAAGCAGCGGCGGAAGCAUUAGCAGCAGUACGACAAAAGGAACCAGCGGGUCUACGACGACGACGGGUACAUCGACCACCAGCAAUAGCGGCGCAUCUACGACGGCAACGACCAAAACGAAAGAAAUGUUUAUCCUACGAGCGCUCGAAAAGAUCCUCAGCGAUAAAGACAUCAAGCGGUCGCAUCAUCUUCAGCUAAAGCGUGCCUGCGAUGUGGCACUUGAGGACAUCAAGGAAGAGUUGAAGCAGGCGGGACACACAGAAACCAAUGGCGAAACACCGGUACCAUCGGCCGCGUUACCGCUGCCGAAGAACGAUUCGGGCAACAUUAUCAACGCGGAAAAGUACUUCCUUCCGUUCGAGCUCGCCUGCCAGAGCCGUACACCGCGCAUCGUCGUGACGGCGCUCGAUUGCUUGCAGAAGCUGAUCGCUUACGGCCAUCUGACCGGUAACAUUCCUGACUCGUCGAAUCCGGGCAAAUUCCUGAUCGAUCGAAUCGUCACCACGAUCUGCAACUGCUUCAUGGGCCCACAGACCGACGAAGGGGUGCAGUUGCAGAUCAUCAAAGCGUUGCUAACGGUGGUCACGUCCCAGCACGUCGAGGUGCACGAAGGCACGGUGCUGCAGGGUGUGCGCACCUGUUACGACAUUUAUCUGUCGAGCAAAAACCUUAUCAACCAAACGACGGCCCGCGCUACCCUGACGCAGAUGCUGAAUGUGAUUUUCACGCGCAUGGAAAAUCAAGCAUUCGAAGCAAUUGCCGCUGCUGCGAGUGCAAACGCUGCGCUGCAAGCAGGGAACGGUAACAGCAUGGCUCUGGCACAGAGCGCCUCACCGAACAAUAGCUCCGUCGCGGGGCUUACGACGGAUGAAUCUCCGACGCAGCCGAAAUCGAUCGAAGAGAAACAUCCCGACUACGAUCAGAUCCGGGCGAUCGUGGAGGAGAUCGUCGAUAAUGUGAUAGCGCAGGCGGCUUCCAGCGUUGCGGCAGGCGGCGAGGGAGCCGCACUGACGGGGAGUGCAAGCGAACCGGCAAUAAGCAUGAACGAAACGAGCGAAACGGCCAGCAUCGGAGGCAUAUCGAUCGGUGGUACCGAUUCGACGUCGAUCGCACGCGUACCGUCCCAGGAAAGUAUGGAGGUGACGAGCGAAAACGAUAGCAUCGUGACGGCCAAGUUUACUCACAUCCUGCAGAAGGAUGCCUUCCUGGUGUUCCGUGCGCUGUGCAAACUGUCUAUGAAACCCCUGCCCGAAGGUCACCCGGAUCCGAAGUCGCACGAGCUGCGGUCGAAAAUUCUGUCCCUCCAUCUACUGCUCUCGAUCCUGCAGAACGCCGGACCGGUGUUCCGUUCGAACGAAAUGUUCAUCAUGGCAAUCAAGCAGUACCUGUGCGUGGCUCUCUCGAAGAACGGUGGCAGCGCCGUGCCGGAGGUGUUCGAGCUGUCGCUCUCGAUCUUCGUCGCGCUGCUGUCGAACUUUAAAAUUCAUCUCAAAAAGCAGAUCGAGGUGUUUUUUAAGGAAAUUUUCCUCAACAUUCUCGAAGCGCCCAGCUCGUCGUUCGAGCACAAAUGGAUGGUCAUUCAGGCGCUGACACGAAUCUGUGCCGAUGCGCAAAGUGUGGUGGACAUUUACGUGAACUAUGAUUGUGACUUUUCCGCGGCCAAUUUGUUCGAACGGCUGGUGAACGAUUUGUCGAAAAUCGGGCAAGGCCGGCAAGCGCUGGAGCUGGGCACGUCGGUCAAUCAGGAGAAAUCGAUGCGCAUCCGUGGGCUGGAAUGUUUGGUGUCGAUCCUGAAGUGUAUGGUUGAGUGGAGCAAAGAUCUGUACGUGAAUCCGAACUCGCAAACCACGCUCGGAGAUCCGCCGUCCGUUGCCGGGGGCGCGGUGGUCGAACGUAAGGCGGCCAGCUCGCUGAAUGUGAGCGCCGGAUCGCCGGUGGAUGAUGCCGUGCACGAAAUGUCGAUGAAAUCGCACGGUGGAUCGAGCGUUAGCAUCAAUUCACUCGGCAGCACCAACACUUCGGGAGGCAACCGGGAAGUGCUCGAUCUGCCCGAGGAGCUGGAAGAGCGCAAGCAACGCAAGGAGGUCAUGGAGACGGGUAUCGACAUGUUUAACCGGAAACCGAAGAAGGGGAUCGUGUUCCUGCAGGAACGGGGACUGCUCGGUACGCCGGUGGAAGAUGUGGCACGGUGGCUGCACGAGGAUGAACGGCUGGACAAAACGCAGAUCGGAGACUACCUGGGGGAGAACGACGAGCACAGCAAAACGGUCAUGUGCGCGUACAUCGAUGCGAUGAACUUUGCCGAGCUAGACAUUGUCGCUGCGCUGCGCUACUUUCUGGAGGGUUUCCGGUUGCCGGGCGAGGCGCAAAAAAUUGACCGACUGAUGGAGAAGUUUGCGUCGCGCUACUGUGACUGCAAUCCGAACAACACGCUGUUCGCCAGUGCCGACACGGUGUACGUGCUGGCGUUCUCCGUGAUAAUGCUGACGACGGAUCUGCAUUCGCCGCAGGUGAAGCACAAGAUGACGAAGGAGCAGUACAUCAAGAUGAACCGGGGCAUCAGCGACAACAAGGAUCUGCCGGAGGAGUAUCUGUCGCAGAUUUACGACGAGAUAGCGGGCCACGAGAUUAAGAUGAAGAACACCGUAGCGAACAAGCCGGCCGGCAAGCAGAUCAUUGUGAACGAAAAGAAGCGCAAGCUGUUGUGGAACUUGGAGAUGGAGGCUCUGUCGACGACGGCCAAAAAUCUGAUGGAGUCGGUGUCGCACGUGAAAGCGUCCUUUACCUCGGCAAAGCAUCUCGAGCAUGUGCGGCCGAUGUUUAAGAUGGCGUGGACCUCCUUUCUGGCGGCGUUUUCCGUCGGGCUGCAGGAUUGUGACGAUCCGGAAAUUGCAUCCCUCUGUCUGGAUGGUAUACGGUGUGCGGUACGUAUUGCGUGCAUCUUUCACAUGAGCCUCGAGCGUGACGCGUACGUGCAAGCGUUGGCUCGAUUCACGCUGCUUACGGCCAACUCACCGAUUAACGAGAUGAAGGCUAAAAACAUUGACACGAUCAAAACGCUCAUCAUGGUGGCACACACGGACGGUAACUAUCUUGGGUCGAGCUGGUUGGACAUCGUGAAAUGCAUUUCCCACCUGGAGCUGGCGCAGCUGAUCGGUACCGGUGUGCGGCCCGAAUUCCUGUCCGGUCCGGCAUCGCACCGGGACACGCUGGACCCAAGCGCGAAGGAACAUAUCGGAGAAACGAGCUCGCAAAGCAUUGUGGUGGCGGUCGAUCGGAUCUUUACCGGCUCGAUCCGUCUGGACGGUGACGCAAUAGUGGACUUUGUGAAGGCGCUCUGUCAGGUAUCGCUGGACGAGUUGACGCGCCCGCAGCCGCGGAUGUUUUCGCUGCAGAAGAUUGUGGAGAUUUCGUACUACAACAUGGGACGUAUCAGGUUGCAGUGGUCGCGCAUCUGGCAGAUUUUGGGCGAACACUUCAAUGCGGUCGGCUGCAACACGAACGAGGAGAUAGCGUUCUUCGCGCUGGACUCACUGCGCCAGCUGUCGAUGAAGUUUAUCGAGAAGGGCGAGUUUACCAACUUCCGGUUCCAGAAAGACUUCCUGCGACCGUUCGAGCACAUCAUGAAGAAAAACCAUUCGCCCGCGAUCCGCGAUAUGGUGGUGCGGUGCGUAGCGCAGAUGGUUAACUCGCAGGCGCACAACAUCAAAUCGGGCUGGAAGAAUAUCUUUUCCGUGUUUCACCUAGCGGCGGGCGAUCAUGACGAGGGUAUCGUGGAUUUGGCGUUCCAGACGACGCGCAAGAUCAUUAACGAUCUGUACCAGAGCCAGUUCCACAUCAUGAUCGAUUCGUUCCAGGACGCCGUCAAGUGCCUGUCGGAGUUUGCGUGCAACGCGCGGUUCCCGGACACGAGCAUGGAAGCGAUCCGGCUCGUGCGGACGUGUGCGAUCUGUGUGAACGACGCACCCAACCUGUUUGCCGAGCAUGCGGGCAUGGAGAACGAUGUGUCCGUACCGGAGGAGGAUCGGGUGUGGGUGCGCGGCUGGUUCCCGAUGCUGUUCUCCCUGUCCUGUGUGGUGAAUCGCUGCAAGCUGGACGUGCGAACGCGCGGGCUGACCGUGCUGUUCGAGAUCGUGAAAACGCACGGCGAUGCGUUCCGGGCCAACUGGUGGCGCGAUCUGUUCAAUGUGCUGUUCCGCAUCUUUGACAACAUGAAGCUACCCGAGCACCAAACGGAAAAAGCCGAAUGGAUGACAACGACCUGCAAUCACGCGCUGUACGCAAUCAUCGACGUCUUUACGCAGUAUUUCGAUAUCCUUGGCCCGAUGCUGUUGGCGGACCUGUACUGUCAGCUUCACUGGUGUGUACAGCAAAACAAUGAACAGCUGGCACGGUCCGGAACGAACUGUCUGGAAAACUUGGUCAUCUCGAACGGGCUCAAAUUUAGCGAAGGCACGUGGAGCAACACGUGUCAGUGUAUGCUGGACAUCUUCAACAGUACGCUACCGAAUGAGCUGCUCACGUGGAAACCGGAUCCAUUGCCACAGUCGAUCGUGGGCAGCGGUGCGAACGUUCCCCGGGUGCACGAGAAUGGCGACGUACCACGGCACGGCAUCCUGAAGCGCUCCGGAUCGCAACAUUCAAUGCACGGGCAGGAUGCUCAUGCGGUGGGUGAGCAAGGCAGCGCUACCAGCCUGUCGUCCGGUGGUACCGCCAACACGUCCGUACUGUUCUCCAACCUGCUGAUUAAAUGCGUCGUACAGCUGGAGCUGAUACAGACGAUCGACAAUAUCGUUUUCUUCCCGGCGACUUCACGCAAGGAGGAUGCGGAAACGCUCGCCCAAGCAACGGCCGAACUGAGCGCCGUUAAUCAGCACGCCGCGUCCUACCCUUCGUCCCUUUCCGGGGAGGAGUGUCAGCGCGAGGAGCAGGGCAUGUACAGCUAUCUGAACACACCGCAUCUGCUGCAGUUGGUCGAUUGUUUGCUGCAGAGCCAUCGGUUUGCCAAACAGUUCAACUCGAACAACGACCAGCGGACGGUGUUGUGGAAGGCCGGGUUCAAGGGUUCGCUGAAGCCAAAUCUGUUGAAGCAGGAAACGCAAUCGCUCGCGUGCGUGCUGCGCAUACUGUUCAAGAUGUACAGUGAUGAGAACCGGCGACGGGACUGGCAGGACAUCGAGCAGCAGCUGAUCGGUGUGUGUACGGAGGCGCUGGAUUACUUCCUCUCGCUGCCAAGUGAACCGCAUCGGGAUGCGUGGACAUCGUUGCUGCUGCUGGUGAUGACGCGGUUGCUGAAAAUGUCCGAUGCUAGGUUUGCGGCCCACAUUGGCAGCUAUUACGUGUUUCUGUGCGAUCUGACCUGCGUUGAUCUGAAGCCGGAACUGCGCACGGUAUUGCGCCGAGUUUUCCUGCGUAUCAGCCCAGUAUUUGGAAUCUCGAGUGCCACUGCUGGCGGAGCGUCCGGUGCAAAUGCGUCCAACACUGUACCCAUGGCAGCUACCUAGUAUCGGCGGCACGGCUCAAUCUCUCGUACCGCUACCACUGCUGCUAACACAACUACCAACGGCGACAGUCACAGUAGGACACAGCGCCAACCACAGUACCACCAGCAGUGGCGGCAGAACGUACCAACGCAUGCAAUGCUGUACCGUCCUGCUUAUGCCGCACCGUACCACCCGCAAGCUAUGCGAUCUUCCUCCCUUGCAUCUACCACCGGCUGCCAGUGUCAUCGUUGGCGUGCGAUAGCACUCGCCAACCGGAACGGCUUGCGUUCCUUCCCGUCCUCCCCGGAACGUCAGCGUAGUCGACCGGUGCAUCAAAGGCGCACUAGUGGCGUUUUAGGUGCUUUCGGCAUUGGUGGCAGCACUAGAGCGGGACCCCCGGUUGGGGUGCGCAGUAACACUAGAGGCAACAGUAGUAGUAGUAGUAGUAGCACUAAAAAUAUCAUUACCACUACCUCUAGCAAUAAUGAUGGCGGUAGUACAGCACCACGUUUCACAUCGUUCGUUCCUUCCUUCGCACGCCGCCAAUCCACGUCCACUUCCUCCGCUUGCUCAUCUUCGGCCUUCUAUCCGGUGGGUACAUACUAUUCGGCGCAUCGGGUUACCAUUUCCGGUAGGAUGGGUGGUAACGGUAAGAACGUUUCCUCCUGGACCGAAAAUCGUCUAUUGUAGUCAGGUGAUGAGAUGAGAGAUAGAACGGCGCACUUAGUGCACCUUUUUUUUUGGUUAGAUCUUUACGAGCGUCACCAACUACACGAGUUCCAAGAUGAAACAUUAGGAAAAAUUGUUCCAUUCAGUGUUUUUGAAUCCAAAGAAAACGAAGAUCGAACGGUAGUAAGACACAUUAGACACGCAAAAAAAAAAACACUUUCCAAAAUUGAGAUAUUGUUAUGUUCAUACAUUUUAAUCGUUGUUGUAUUUUAGGGCCGAAUUUUACGUUCAUGACCGUCGCAACUCACACACUCACACCGGAAUGACCGGCUACUUGUUUGAGGUAUGUAAAGGCACUUUUGCUGCAACGAUAGAGGGACGUGUGAUGUGUGCUUUGUAAAUAGUACAAUCAUUGCUUGAAUUGAAUUCUGAACUAAUGCGGCCACUAGCUGCGCUUUGCUUAGGACGAGUAUUCACGCACCUUUCACCACUUGAAAGCAAUUUGCGGAAGGUAGAGUGCUAGAUUUUUUUCAUAUAACAGGGUGUGAGCGCGGGAAUAACACGUUGCCAGGUAACACUAUUUAACCAGUAAAGUAUCAAGUAAAGCAAAUCGCAACAGUAAAACAGCAAACAAACAAAAGAGUGAAUAGAAAAGGUUAGAAAUAAAGCAAACAAACAAAAAACACUCAAAUGCAACCGUUUGAUGGUUGUGCCGUCGGUGUGUUUGUGGGAAGUAGCUAAAGAAAGCAACAAAAAACACAUUAAACACUAGUGAAUCGCUUUGUAUACAUGGGGGUUGGGUUAAUGAGAGAUUUCAUGUAACGAUCAAGAAACAAAUCAAAUCGAUAGCGAGCGAUCGGGCAGCAGUUACGAGCUCGGGCGUGUACUAUUAAGGCACUGACUGUUGUUCCGUUUCCGGUAGAGGUUUUGGCCGCGCGUUUUUUGAGUACAUACAAAUUAUGUUACAUUUUGGCAUUUCACAACCUCGGCACGAGCUCUACGAUAGGGUAUGUUUAGCGGUGGUGGUCCGGUCCAGCCGGUCCAGCAAUAGUAGGAACAGUCAAGGCAAAGCAUGGAAUGAUGUUGUAACAUAUACUCUGUGAUCGAGACCGAGCAAGCAAGCAAGCGUACGAGCGUAUGAAGGUGAUAAAUUAAUCCAUCUAUUUGUUAUAUGAAAUCAUUACCGAAAGAGAAGAAUAUACAGUAUAUAUAGUAUAAUAUAUA